CUAACCCUACCCCAACCCAUCAACCAUACAGAUGAUACCGGUGCCAUACAAGAGUACAGGGCCUGCGAAAACUCGUUUCAAUGUACAACCUUUUGCAGUGCCAAAGGUUUCAACGAUCGGGUAUGCAAAACGAUAACCGUCGACGAAAGCUCCAACAUUGACGGCUCACAAUUGGUUAAUAGACGGGUCUGCCUGUGCAGCGAUACCAAGGAAGGAUACGCUGGAAAUCCAUCUACUGGUGAAUACUUUCCCUAUUGGUUUAGUCCGGGACACGAAUGUAUACGCAAUGGUAGCGAUAGACAGUGUAAAGAGUAUUGCAAACGGAUCCGUAUAUCAGCCGAUAGUUGCGAGUGUCGGCUAAGUUCGUGUAAGUUUCCCAAACGCUUGCUAACUGUCCCCCAGUCACUCAACUUACCCUAA